AUGCAGAGAGCAAUCAGCUUCCCUGCACUGUGCCUGCUUGUUAAUCUCCACGCUGCAGGAUGCUUUUCAGGAGAUAGUGACCAACUCUUGGCAGUUCAUCAGAGGAAGAGUGGGAAGCCUGUAUUUGUCUACCACCACAUGGAAACUAUUGAAAAGAGCUUGGACACAAGCCACCAAAAAACAUAUAAACACAACUUUCAUUCAUCCUCUCAUAUUCAAACAAGCAAAGAACGCUCUGGCAUAAUUGUGAAGUCCACAUUUCCUAGACCUGCCUAUAACCCAUCUCUCAAUUUAUUAGCAAUGACUGGGCAAGAUUUGGAAGUGGAAAACCUUCCAAUCCCUGAAGCAAAUGUGAUUAUUGUGACACUGCAAAUGGACAUAAACAAGCUUAACAUAACUUUGCUCCGGAUAUUCCGUCAAGGAGUGGCAGCAGCUCUAGGACUCUUACCACAACAAGUUCACAUCAAUCGCCUAAUUGGAAAAAAGAACAGUAUUGAGCUGUUUGUGUCUCCAGUAAACAGGAAAACUGGAGUUUCUGAUGCUCUGCCAUCUGAAGAAGUAUUACGUUCACUUGAUAUCAAUGUUCUGCAUCAGAGUCUAUCUCAAUUUGGGAUUACAGAAGUCUCCCCUGAGACAAACGUCUUACAAGGACAACAUGAAGCGGAUAAGAUCUGGAGUAAAGAAGGAUUCUAUGCUGUUGUCAUUUUCCUCAGUAUCUUUAUCAUGAUUGUCACAUGUUUGAUGGUUCUUUACAGAUUAAAAGAAAAAUUUCAGCUUUCUCUGAGACAAGACAAAGAGAAAAACCAGGAGAUCCACCUAUCCCCCAUCCCGUUACAAGCCACCCAAUCUGACGCAAAGACGGUCAACAGCAUGGUCCAGCCUGAGCACACCCCUAAAGUGGUGAACGUCAUAGUGGACCCCCAAGGCCGAUGCACUCCUGAAAUCAAACCUGCUAUUUCUGCCAGUCCAUCGCCUUUCAAAAUGAAGCCUGUAGGACUUCAGGAGAGGCGAGGAUCCAAUGUGUCUCUUACUUUGGACAUGAGUGGUUUGGGGACUAUCGAACCUUUCAUCGCUGUGCCGACCCCACGGGAGAAAGUGGCCAUGGAGUAUCUGCAAUCGGCCAGCCGGGUGCUCACGAGGUCCCAGCUGAGGGACACCAUGGCAAGCUCUCAUUUACUCCAGACUGAGUUCAUGGAAAUACCAAUGAACUUUGUGGAUCCCAAAGAAAUUGACAUUCCACGUCACGGAACUAAAAACCGCUACAAAACCAUUUUGCCAAAUCCUCUCAGCAGAGUAUGCUUGAAGCCAAAAAAUCCGACUGAUUCUUUGAGUACAUACAUUAAUGCUAACUACAUUAGGGGUUACAGUGGUGAGGAGAAAGCUUUCAUCGCCACACAGGGGCCCAUGAUUAACACCGUGAAUGAUUUCUGGCAUAUGGUCUGGCAGGAGGACAGUCCCGUCAUUGUUAUGAUCACAAAGCUAAAAGAAAAAAAUGAGAAAUGUGUACUCUACUGGCCAGAAAAGAGAGGGAUAUAUGGAAAAGUUGAAGUCCUGGUUCUUGGUGUAAAAGAAUGUGAUAACUACACUGUCCGCAACCUUACCCUAAAGCAAGGAAGUCACACCCAGCAUGUGAAGCAUUACUGGUACACGUCUUGGCCAGAUCAUAAAACCCCCGACAGUGCUCAGCCUCUCCUCCAACUCAUGCUUGAUGUAGAAGAGGAUAGAAUUGCUUCUUCAGGCAGAGGACCUAUAAUUGUACACUGCAGUGCCGGUAUAGGCAGAACUGGAUGUUUUAUUGCCACAUCCAUCGGCUGUCGACAAUUGAAAGAGGAAGGAGUGGUGGAUGCACUCAGUAUUGUCUGUCAGCUUCGUGUGGACAGGGGUGGGAUGGUUCAGACAAGUGAACAAUAUGAAUUUGUUCAUCAUGCACUGAGUCUCUAUGAAAGUAGGCUAUCUGCAGAAACUGUCCAGUGAAACGUCGAAGAUUCAAUUGAGUAACAGUGUCUCAAAGGAAUACAAUUUGUUGCCUACCAGUGGCUUCAUCCAGGAGCUUCCUGGGAUAGGAAAACAAUAAUGGAAAGCUCAAAAGCCAGUCUGUGAUGUGGAUUAUGAAAGACUUGAAAAAUUAAGUAAUUACAAGACCUUGCCUGUAUAUGAAUGUAUUUGUA